UGGGAAAAAAACGAUCAAAGCCAUUGGCUCCUCAGACUCCAAAACCACCAGCAAAUGGUAUGGUUGAACGAUUUUCCCAAACCUUUAUCUCCUUAUCAAAUAUCCUACAGCCUACUUCCCAUCACUCUCUCCCUAUAUAAAAAAGAGGCUGCUUCAUAUGGUUUGCUACAUCGAGCACAUAUAUAUCCUUCUUGAAUCAGUUUUAUUUUCUGCACAGUUUGCAAUUCGUUUUUCUUUAGUUUCAAGAGCAAAGAACAGUCUUGUACGUGAAGAGGUGAAGAUGAUGAGUUCCACAAGCAGAGCUAUUGUAGCAGCCACCAUAGGAGUUGUGGAGGCCAUGAAAGACCAGAUGGGUAUAUGCAGAUGGGAUUAUAUUUUUAGAUCCGCUCAGCAAAAUACAAGGAAUCCUCUCCGGUCGUUGUCUCAGGCCAAGAGCCUCUCCUCUUCAACUUCUGCAGUGGUUUCAAGCAAAGUAAGAGAGGAGCAAAUGAAGAAGUCAGAAGAGUCUUUGAGAAAAGUAAUGUACUUGAGCUGUUGGGGUCCCUAUUGAGGCUUGGUCAUCUUAGACUGAAAGAAGUGACUGCACGAGUACGCGAUAACGAGUUCUCGGAGAAUCUAUACGGUGCACUUUGUACAUGGCUUGCAUGGCGGUGGCCGGAAAUGUAAGGCCGAGCUGGUAGUCGCUGAGAGAAAUUGUAGACUGCAUCUACCGUUUGGUUGAUGCGAAAUUACUUAAAUUGUGAACUCAUGUAAUUGGCAAUUACUCUAAAAAUAUCGUAUGUACAGUUUUGAAAAUGUUUGUGUCUGAUUAUCAUUCUUGUUGGCUGGUGAU